UAUUACAAAUAUAAAUUCCCCAGAGUAAGUUAUUAUAGGACUUAUAUCAACCAGCAAUACAUUUUAUUACAGAUAUAAAUUCUAAGAGAUCACCCGAGCAUCCGCUGCCGGGACAAGCAUCUAGUUCUAAUUAUGGAACACAACUUUACCACGUCAUUUUACAACGUCACUGCCUGAAGUCAGCCAAUUUGAACACAACUUUGCCAGCCUGUCCCCUCUCUGUCAUCAGGUAUUAAAAUUGAAGCACGUUUUUUUCAACUUCGCCCACAACACAAACAAAGCCGCAAACUAUAAAAACCACUUCUCCCGCCAUUCCAUUCCACGCAGCCGCAUAAAAAUCCCUAGCAAACCAGCACAAACAAAUAUAAAUCCAGAAAUCAAAAUUCAUCUUAAUUUCUUAACCGACCUUUUUGUAACAUCUCAAAGAAAAUGGAUUCAUCAAGCUCAUAUUUCGAUCAUCAUCAUCAAAGAGGCACUGCUAUUAACAAUUCGGAUGAAGAAUUAAUCAUCUUGUCGUCGAGCCGGCCGAAGAAGCGUGCCGGAAGGAAGAAGUUCAAGGAAACGAGGCAUCCGGUUUACCGGGGAGUAAGAAGGCGGCGGUGGAAUUCCAACAAAUGGGUCUGCGAGGUCCGGGAACCCAACAGUCAGACGAGGAUCUGGUUAGGAACUUACCCGACUCCUGAAAUGGCUGCCCGAGCUUACGAUGUUGCUGCCCGAGCUUAUAAUUUAUCCUGUUUGAACUUCGCCGACUCCGUUCGGAGGUUGCCGGUUCCGGCUUCUAAAGACACCAAGGAUAUCCGGAAGGCGGCGUUUGAAGGAGCCCAGUUGUUUAAACCGGCGGAUGAUCAGGUUUCUUUAAGCGGUGGGAGUGGAAGAAGUGCUAGUUUUAGUACUGAUGAUCAAACCUCCGGUGAUCAAGAAGAAGAAGAAGAAGAAGAAGGCUCGUGUGAUUUAACUCGCGCCACCUCUAAUGCUAAUGAGGUUACCAGUAGAGAAAUCGGCGGCGUCGGAAAGGAUAAUGAAGCUCAUAAUACACGCGAUUUCGGCUAUGAGGAAGCUCUGAUAGACAUGGUAAAAGGGCCACUGUUAUCUCCACCUCAUACCCAUUUUUCACAAUAUGGUAUUAGUACUACUUUUGAUGAUGAUGAUGAUGAUGAUGGCAUGGAAAGUACUGAUGCUGAUCAAGUGUCACUUUGGAAUUAUUCAUUUUAGAGAUCAUUCGGAUUUGGAUGAUUCAUCACUGAUGAAGUAGCUUGGGAAAUUAAAGGUUACUUAGAUCAUACUACUUGUAAUUUUUAGUUUGUAGAAUUUGGGAGUAUGUGACGUUAGUAGUGAGGCAGCAUUCUUCUGGAUAUCUAAAAAGUACUAAAAAACUAAAAAGAGAGAGAGAGAGAGAGAGUUGUGAUUCUUUGGCAAAAAGUAUAUAUAAAAGGGCCAGUCAAAGAGUGUUGUAUAUGCGUAAAUAAAUAGUUGAGUUUAGUAGUAGGAUUUUAUUGGUCAAACUCAAAAAAAUGUUGGUUUUCUUUUUGGUUAGUCUGGUGAGCGGACGUGCCGUUUACCACGGUGUUGUUAUACCUUUCCAUCACUGUAUACUAGGUGUACGCCCGUGCAACGCGCGGGAUAGUUAAAUUUAUCUGAUGACUCAUGUAUAUAAAAUAACAAAAUAACAAAAGCUAUGUACAUAUUCUUUGGUUAGACGUAUAAUAUGAAAAAAAAUCCAAAUAUGUAUAUAUUUUAGACAUAAUAAAAAUAUGUAUAUAUUUCUUUUCUUUUUUAAAUUUGG